AUGUGUGAUUGCAUGAAAGUGUUUUGUGAAUGUGCGAUGUCUACUGGAGUGCUUUACUGCGUUCUCCUUACCUUUCUGAUCAUUCCCAACCUUGCCCAGUGGCAUCCAAGUCCAGUUCCAAGAGAUCCGUGCAAUAGUUGGUAUUUUCCUGGAAAUUUCCCAAACGAGUGGAUUCCUGCUUUCAAAGAAAAAAUAUUGCAGAUGUGCGGCGUGAAUGUGCAAUACAACUGCUAUUUGCAAUCUACCGCACAUAAAUAUGCAGUAAUGGGACCUCAUGGGACAGCCAAUUAUAUCCAGUACAAUAUGAGGAAUCAAAACCUGAGCAAAAAGUACUUCGUUGAAAAUGGAACAGAAGCAGCUAAUGAAUCCAUUGGAAAUUGGUUCAAAAAUAAACAAGAUUGUAUGGUAUUACCUGUAAAUAUGACGGAUUUUGGAUGCUCAGACAUGUCUUAUUAUCCGGGACUUAUGCUCACGCGUAUUCGGCACAACCAGGGACGAGGAGACUUAGCAUUUCAAUUCGCUAUCAUGCCAGCUGUUCAUCCGUAUGCUAUAAUCUCAUUUCGUCAGUUUCGUCGUACUGUUCGUCUCGUUCCUCUCGUUUCUCCUGAAAAAGCAGAGAACCGCGCAUUUGCAAACACCUCUCAAAAUACCGCGUUAUCGGAAACAACAGAACACCGUCUCCUAUCUAGAAGAUUAGAGAACACGCCUGUGAGGACUCGACUAACAUGCAUUGUUUGUUUAUUAUAACACAUAAUUUUGGUACUGUUGCAGCACAACUUCUAUUACUGUAAUAGUCACUAUAUUUUAAACGCCUUUUGUUCCUUCGAAUUCUUGCCGCUGUGCAUUUAUAGCUUCCCUUGGUGCGCCC